AAUUCAGCUAAUUAAAAUUACAAACAAUUUUUCCCGAAAAACAUCAUAAUAAGAAAAAAAUAUGCCACAGCGUUCACCAUUCGCCAUACAAGAGCUGCUCGGCUUGAGCAAUUCAGCCGCAGCAGCAGCUGCCGUGGCCGCAGCCGUCGCUAAAACACACGAACCCAGCGAAAGCGGCAGCGCGCUGAAGGACCACGACACGCCGUCUGCGAAAACAGAAGAAACUGCUGUUACAGCGACUACUGACGGCACACCGCCACCCACGACAAUAACAACGCGUACACAAUCCCCCAAUCAGCCAGCGUUGGCUGCCAAUAGCAGCAGCAGCGGCAGCGCUAGCAGUGCAACCACUUCAUUAAACACGACCGCAACUGUGGGCACCAGUGCGCCCGCACUGUCGGCGUCCGUGGUCACCACGGCUGCAAAUGGCAGUAUUGCAGCCGGGCCGUUUAGUGUUGCCGCCGAUCAGCAACAACAGCAACAGCAUGCUGCACAACAACACCAACAGCAACAUCAUCACCACCAGAUGACAAUGGCUGCCGCUGCUGCCUCACGCAUGGCCUACUUCAAUGCACAUGCCGCUGUGGCAGCUGCAUUUUUGCCACACAAUCUAAGUGGUGGCGGCGCUGCGGCUGCCCAGCACACUACCAAUUUGCAUGCAUUGCAGCAACAUCACAAUCAUCAUCAUCAUCACCAGUUGCAACUGCAGUCACAUCAUACACACGCACAUCCGCCACAUCAUUUGUUGCAUGCACAGGGUUUUCCACAAAUUAAAAGCUUUGGCAUACCCGGCGGCUGUUUGGCAGGUCCUCUGUCUAGCAAAGAUUUCACGCUAGAUGGUAUAAAUGGUUUUGGUAGCAAGAAAAAGAAGAAGAAACGUCGACAUAGUCGUACGAUUUUCACUUCUUAUCAAUUGGAAAAACUCGAAGAGGCCUUCAAAGAAGCACACUAUCCCGAUGUGUAUGCUCGGGAAAUGUUAUCGCUAAAAACCGAGUUACCUGAGGAUCGGAUACAGGUUUGGUUUCAAAACCGCCGCGCGAAAUGGCGCAAAACGGAGAAAUGUUGGGGACGCAGCACAAUCAUGGCCGAGUACGGAUUGUAUGGAGCGAUGGUGCGCCAUUCGUUGCCACUGCCGGAGACCAUCAUCAAAUCGGCUAAGGAGAACGAGUCAGUGGCACCGUGGCUACUAGGUAUGGAGACGGAAAGCAUGCAUCGCAAGUCGAUAGAAGCCCAGCAGACAUUCAAAGACGACUCCGGCGUUAGCGAUCACGAAGAUUCGGCUGGUUCGAAAUCUAAUGACGAAGCGCACCGGCUCAGCUCCUCCACCGAGUCGUUAAAUGUAGUUAGUCCGGGACCGACGCACGAGCGCACGCACAUAUCCUCAAAUGCGACCACACCCACAGCUACCACAGCUUCAUCAUCGUCGCCGCACAUCGAUUUAAGCAGUCCAUCACCGCCGACAUCGCAUACGUCAACAGCAUCGCUGGCAUUACAGCUGUCGCCAUUGCAACAACAUCAGCGACAUUUGUUUCAGCAAGCGCUAGUGCCCCCAACCGCACAACCCUCUUACCAUCCGCUCAUGGAUGCGGCCAAUGCCAGCGCUGGUGCGGCGACAAGCAAAGAUUUCCACAUGAUUAUGAACACGGCUGUGGCAGCGGCGGCGGCGGCCGCUGCGGCAAGUAGUGCUGCCACUACUGCUGGUGGUAGUGGUACAGGCGGCGCUGUAAGCGGUUUACAUCAUCAUGGAAAUGGAGCGGCGGCUGCGUACGCAACGCUCGAUCAUGAUCCGGACACAUUUCGCAACAACUCCAUCGCCUGUCUGCGCGCCAAAGCGCAGGAACACCAAGCUCGUCUGCUCAAUAGUGGUCUCUUCCUGCAGAUGCGUUCCUUCGCCGGUUUUCAAGCCAACAGCAAUGCGUCGAGCGUCAGCCAUGCCGCUAGCAGUCGCGCUGCUAAUAACAACAAAAGCAAUAACAACAAUGAUUUCAUAAAAAUUGUAGAAGACGUGAGUGUAGGCCAAAGCUCACCUGUAAAUUUUGGUGGCAUUUGUAAUGCAGAUGGCAGCGGGCACAACAACAACAAUAUUGAAUUCUGCUUGCCGAUCGCAAGUGCUUUGCAACAGCAGCAGCAGCACCAGCAACAAUUGAAGUUGGAGCGCAUGUCUUGUGAUCUGUAGCACUAAAAUGCAAUUAGCACGCUUCAAAACAUCAAGCCAAAAACAACAAAAAUAUUAACGAAUUUAUUUAUAAAUUAAACUUUACAAAUUAUAAUAA